UGUUUCUUCAUAGGUGUUAAUGGCAGCAAAAACAAUUAUGGAUAGUGGAGAGAAAUUAACCUUACCACUGAUAGGGAAACUCUUAAAGUUUCAACUUCUCCAGAUUAAAUCGAAGGACCAGCAGCGACGGGAAAACGAAAAGAAGGUGACAGAAGACAGAUUUAAGUUAGAAAAGGAUAAAGGGAAAGCAAAAUCUCCCAAGGAGAAGAAGUCUGCAGGUGCCAAGGUUGCCAAGGGAAAGGGAAAGGAUCAGACCGAGUCCAACACGACAGUGAAAAAGGCCACCCAGUUAAAACGGAGGGGAGAAGACGAUGACGCCAAACGUUACAUUGACGAUGAGCCAGAUGAUGGUGCCCAACAUUACAUUAUAGUUGUGGGCUUCAACAAUCCUCAGCUAUUAGCAAUUAUGACUGAGCUUGGCAUUUCUAUAACCAGUGUGAUUAAAAUAUCUUCAGAGAAUUAUGAACCUCUGCAGACACACCUGGCAGCAGUUAGCCAGCAGCAGGAAGCUCUUCUUCAGCCAGAAGAUAUAGAAGCUGAAAAAUUGAAGAAAGAGAGUUCCAUAAAAGAACUUGAAAUUUUCUGGAAGUACUUGGAAUCCAUCCUGAAUAAUGAGAAACCUGAAACAAAUCUCUUUGAUGUCGCUCGACUUGAAUAUAUGGUCAAAGAAGCUGAUUUUCCUUCUGACUGGUCAGACAACGAGUUAAUGCUGGAAUUGGGCACGAAUAUUUUUGAGAAUAUUGCCUGUUUGAUGUAUGACACCCUGGAUUGGAAAAGACAGUACCAACAUUAUUUGGAAAGAAUGCAGCUUAUUAAUGUCCCACAGGUGGUUAAUGAGAAACCUAUCUUGGAAGCCAUGUUGAUUUCUGAGGCUCCACAGUCCGCUGCUCCAACCCCCGGAAAGAAGAAAGCGCAAUAUGAAGAGCCACAAGCUCCAGCAGCAGUGACUGCCUUCAUGACAACUGAUGUAGACAUGAGAUAUUACAAUGACUUGCUGAAUCCAAUUCCGGAGGAAUUCAUUUCUGUGCCCCUGAUCCUGCAUUGUAUGCUAGAACAGGUUGUGGCAACUGAGGAAGACCUUGUUCCACCCAGUCUGCUGGAGCCACCCUGCCGGGCAGAUGGGUUAGACCACAGAAUCGCAGCCCACAUAGUGUCCAUCCUGCCCUCACUCUCUCUCUCAGAGAAGGAAAAAAAGAACCUCUGUGAAGUAUUCUUAUCUGAAGAGGAAUGUGAAAGCAAAGCAGUGCCCAAAGGCCCUCUCCUUCUGAACUAUCAUGAUGCACACGCCCACAAGAAGUGCGCACUGAAGGACCAAAAGAAUUUUGACCCAGUUCAAAUUGAGCAGGAGAUGCAGUCCAAGUUGCCCUUGUGGGAAUUCCUUCAAUUCCCUCUGCCCCCACCAUGGAACAGCACUAAACGUCUAGCUACAAUUCAUGAGCUCAUGCACUUUUGUACAAGUGAAGUCUUGAGCUGGAAUGAAGUAGAACGAGCCUUUAAGGUAUUUACUUUUGAGAGCCUGAAGCUCUCUGAGGUCGACGAACAAGGGACACUAAAGCCUUCUGGGACGAUGUGUGGGACAGAUUCUGAGAUGUUCAACAUACCAUGGGACAACCCUGCCAGAUUUGCCAAACACAUAAGGCAGCAAUACCUCAUGAAAAUGAACACAGAAGCCAAACAGCAAACAGAUUUUGAAUCCAGAGACAGAAUACUGUUUGUGGAUCAGAACUACCCAACUUCUACACAAGAUGAUGACAGCAAUAGAGAACCUUCAGACUCUAGUCAGCGUGAUGCUAGCCAUAGGAAGCCUUCUGACUCAAGUAAUAAGAAACACUUAGGCCCUGAUAACAGAGAGAUGUGGGAGGAGGAGACCAGCACAAAGAUUCAGCCCCAGCCUGAGCCUUUGGAGCAAACCACGAAUAAUGAGAUCAAAGAUGAAGCAGUCACAAAGGCUGAUUCUCUUGAAAAGAAAUCCAAGAAGAUGACAGUGGAAGCAGAUUUAGAAGACAUAAAGAAAACACAGCAGCGCAGUCUAAUGGACUGGAGUUUUACUGAACAUUUUAAACCGAAAGUACUGCUUCAGGUUCUUCAAGAAGCCCAUCAGCAAUAUAGGUGUGUUGAUUCUUAUUACCAUACUCAAGACAACUCUUUACUUUUGGUCUUUCAUAAUCCCAUGAAUACACAACGCCUGCACUGUGAAGACUGGAAUGUCGCUCUGCACUCCAAUGUUGGAUUCAGGAAUUAUUUGGAACUUGUUGCAACAUCUAUUCAAGACUGGAUCACAAAAGAAGAAGCUCUAUAUCAGGAAUCUAAAAUGGCUGAAGAAAUCACUAAGACCAAGGCUGAGCUGGAAUUGAAAUCUUCUGCUAGUGCCAAAAUUGCUUCUUCUAGCAAAAUUUUUACCAUUAAAAAAUCUAAAAGUAACAAAGGAAACAGCAAAACAGAGAUAUCAGAACAAGAAAAAGAAAAAGAAAAAGAGGAUAGGAUUCCUUUCAUUUUAGAAGGCUCUCUUAAGGCAUGGAAAGAAGAACAAGAUCGAUUAGCAGAAGAGGAACGCUUAAGGGAAGAAAAGAAAGCAGAAAAGAAGAGUAAAGAAACUGGUAAAAAGAAGAGCAAGGAUAAAUUAGAGAAAGAAGAUAGAUCUGAGAAGAAAAUAUCUUCUUUCAGGGAGAAAACUAGAGAAGAACUAGUGAAGAUUCCAGAAAACACAGAAGAUCCCCUCCAGCAGCCAGAACUGGAGACAGUUUACGCGUUUCGAGGAUACAAUAUGGGAGAUGUACCCAUCCAAAUUUCAGGGACAAAUUACUAUCUGUAUCCUUCCGAUGGAGGGCAGAUUGAAGUAGAAAAGACAACGUUUGAAAAAGGCCCAACUUUUAUCAAAGUGAAAGUGAAAAAGGACAAGCACAAUUUUAUAAUUCAUUUAAAAGACCCUAAGAAAAUUGUGAAAAAAGAGAAGAAUGAAGAGGAUUAUUCUUCAGAAGAUGAGAAAGAAGAGAGAGAUGAGAAACAAAAUCUUGCAACAGAAGUAUCACAUGCAGAGAACAAAGCCGUCAGCACGUUUGGAUCUUUUUCUGCCACCUUAGAAAAUGGAAUCUGCCUCUCGAUAAGUUACUAUGGAUCAAGUGGAAUGGCACCAGAGGAUAAGGAUCCUAAUUUGGAAACAAUGCUGAACAUCCCUUCAGCACUCACUGCAACAGUGAUUCCUGUUAUAGUGACUGUUCCUCAAGGCAAAGCUAAAGGAAAAAUAAAAGGCAAAGAAAAACCCAAAGAUUCCCUUAAAGAAGAGGAGAUCCCAAAAGAAGAAGAGAAAAAGGAAGAAGUAGAACCAGAAUCUGUUUUACAAGAGACUGUUUAUGUUCCCACCUUCCAAAACCUAAAUGUGUCUUGCCCCAAUGGACUCCUGUUGACCUUCACUGGGCAAGAGUCUACAGGUCAUUAUGUUGUGGAUGAGGAACCCACUUGGGAUAUCAUCGUCCGUCAGAGCUACCCCCAGAGGGUGAAGCACUAUGAGUUCUAUAAAACCGUGAUGCCACCAGUGGAGCAGGAGGCAUCAAGAGUUAUCACCAGUCAAGGCACUGUUGUCAAAUAUAUGUUGGAUGGGUCCACACAGGUUCUCUUUGCAGAUGGUGCUGUGAGCAGUAGUCCUGAUUCAGGACUUAUUUAUCCUCCUCCUGAAAUGCCAACAAGCCCUCACAGUGGAGAUUUGAUGGAUUCAAUUUCUCAGCAAAAAUCAGAAACAGUACCAUCUGAGAUUGCCAUCACAAAGAAAGGAAAAGGUCACAAAAAUCAGUCAUCAAUGGCACAUAAGAAUGAAAUCCAUGAACAUCCCCAAGAAAUAGUUCAAACAGUAACUCCUAUGGAGGGUCACAUGGGUACCUGGUAUACAACCACACCUGAAGGAAACCGGAUUGGCACCAAAGGACUAGAAAGAAUAGAGGAUUUGGCCCCUUUUUUAUCCUUUAAAGCCACAGAUCCUGUCAACGGAACGGUUAUGACAACUCGAGAAGACAAAGUGGUCAUUGUUGAAAAGAAAGAUGGUACUCGGAUAGUGGAUCAUGCUGAUGGUACCAGAAUCACAACCUUUUAUCAAGUUUAUGAAGACCAUCUUAUUUAUCCAGAUUACCAAGAAACAAUCGAAGGUCCUCGGACUGUCACCAGGCAGGUGAAGUGCAUGCGGAUAGAAAACUCACACUAUGCCACCAUUAUCACCAACUGCGAGGACAGUAGCUGUUGUGCCACCUUUGGGGAUGGAACAUCCAUUAUUGCAAAGCCACAGGGAACGUACAAGGUGUUACCUCCAAACACAGGCUGCCUUCAUAUUGAUAGGGAUUGUUCAGCUACAUAUUGCCAUGAAUCGAGCACUGAUAUGUACCAUCCUUUCCAAAAGCGUGAGCAGCUCAGAGCCAGCAGGUACAUUAUGAAGCACACGUCAGAGGUUAUCUGUGAGGUCCUGGAUCCCGAGGGAAACACCUUUCAGGUCAUGGCUGAUGGUCGUGCAUCAACUACACUACUUCAAAAAAAAUUGGAAGAUGAUUUAAAUGUAGAAACUGAGGGCUAUGAUAGUUUGUCGUCUAUUCACCUUCAAAAAAAUCAUCUGCAAGUCUAUGGUGAACAUGUCCCCAGGUUUUUUGUGAUCUAUGCUGAUGGAUCAGGAGUGGAACUUCUUCGAGACAGUGACAUAGAAGAAUAUCUAUCCAUGGCAUAUGGAGAAUCAACGACUGUAGUUCUCCAAGAGCCCAUACAGGAACAGCCGGGUGCCUUGAACAUCACAGUCCUUCGUCCUUUCCAUGAAGCAUCGCCAUGGCAAAUGAAAAAGGAAUUAGAUACAAUUGUUCCUCCUAAUCUCCAGUCAAGGUCAUGGGAAGCAUUUCCCUCUGUUGAGAGGAAAACUCCAGGACCUCCAUUUGGCACUCAGGUUUGGAAGGGCCUUUGCAUUGGGUCCAAACAGCUAGUGAGGGCCCCAGCCCCUGUACUCAAAAGCCCAAAAGUGCUCCAGAUGCGUCAGUUCAUCCAACAUGAAGUCAUAAAGAACGAGGUCAAGCUGAGGCUGCAGGUUUCCCUUAAGGAUUAUAUAAACCAUAUUCUAAAGAAAGAAGAUGAGCUACAGGAAAUGACAGUUAAAGAUUCUAGAACUGAGGAGGAGAGAGGCAAUGCUGCAGAUCUCCUCAAGCUGGUUAUGUCUUUCCCAAAAAUGGAGGAAACUACAAAAAGUCAUGCAACUGAAGUUGCAGCCCACCUAAAUGAUUUAUUCAAGCAAUCUUUGACUGCUGCUUCAGAAUGUCCAACAGACACAUUUGGUAAAGAUUUUUUGGAAAAGAAAUACAGGCACACAGCAACAUCAAAGCACUGGAAAGAAAAGAUAGAACAAAAGAGGAAGGAAAUUGAGGAAACACAAAAUUAUCUAAAGAAUAUUAGGAACUGUAUAAUACCGCCCUAUUUCAAAUCUGAAUUGAGCAAGUCAUAUCAGUCUCAGUAUAAUUAUCUGGACAGCCUUUCCAAAAAACUACCUUCUUUUACAAAGAAAGAUGAAGAUGCAAACAAAACAAUGCUUCAAGACACAGCUGAUCUUCAUCCAGAUCCCAAGCCAUGUAAGGCUUCAGAACAGAAAUCCUCAAAGAUGCUUAGUCUUCCAAAAUCAAAGAUUUCUGAGGAUAUCAAGGAGUCCGUCAACCAGAACCAACCUGAAAAUGUAAGAUCUACUGAAGAACCAGAAUCUUUUGUGCCCGUGAAAAUUCCUACCCAGUCAUUGCUGCAGGAUGUUGCAGGACAAGCAAGAAAAGAAAAGGUGAAGUUGCCUUAUUAUUUGCUGAGUUCCAAGCCGGAGUCUCAACCUCUCACAAAGGUGCAAGAUUCUGUUGGAGGAAAAGUGAACACAUCCUCUGUUGCAUCAGCUGCUAUUAAUAAUGCAAAGUCAUCUCUUUUUGGGUUCCAUCUUCUCCCAUCCUCAGUGAACUUUGGAGUGCUUAAAGAAGGACAUACCUACGAAACCACUGUAAAGCUCAGGAAUGUUGGAGUGGACUUCUGCAGGUUUAGGGUGAAGCAGCCCCCACCCAGCACAGGACUGAAAGUGACUUAUAAACCUGGGCCUGUGGCAGCUGGUUUGCAGGCAGAACUGAAGGUGGAAUUAUUUGCCAUGGCUCUUGGAGAGGAAGGCGCCAAGGGAUCAGUGCACAUCGCUCACAAUAUUGAGAUUAUGACUGAGCAUGAUGUUCUGCUCUUACCUGUGGAAGCAACAGUUUUAACAAGCAGCAAUUAUGAUAAGCGACCAAAAGAUUUUCCCCAGGGAAAAGAAAAUCCCAUGGUCCAGAGGACUUCCACAAUUUCUUCCUCUGCACUUGGAGUCUUCAUGUCUCAUCAAGUUUCUCCACAUUAGGUCCAUUUCUUCUCGGUAUAGCUCAAUAGCCUCCAUGAUCCUUUCAGCCUACACAGAUGAUGACAAAGGAAAGAAAUCAUCACAACACUCUCCA